UCAACCCAGGGGGAAAAAAGCAAUCUGAAUGACAAUCAACAAAAGGAACUGAGGCUGUUCCUGCGCAUGCACGUUACGGUGAAGGCAGGUCCGGUCCCGCCCGUUCGCUUGGUUCUGGCUGCUCCGUGGGCUGGCAAUGGAGAAAGAACCGGUUGCUUAUUAUUUUAUUUUUCAGACAGGGACUACCUUGAGCAGCCCGAACCGAGCGAGUCCUGUUCCCUGUGGAUCGGGAGCUCUGCAAAAGUGAAGAAUUGGCCAGUGAGUCAAGAAGACCUGGAUUCAAAUCUCGCCUAUAUACACAGACAACAUGAUGUUGGGCAAGUCGUUUAACCUCUGAGUGCCUAAGGAGCUGAGUUGCUCAGUGAAUAGAGCUGUGGGCUUGGAGUCAUGAAGACCUGAGUUAAAAAUCUGGCCUCAGACACUAGCUAUGUGAACCUGGGUCCUCCUGCUAUGGCUGGUUACCAGGAAGGUGAGUCUCCCUCUCCUGGGGAGAACUCGGGGGAUGAAAGUCAAGGAGAUGAAGCAAUCAAGAUUCUUGAAAAAAUGAAACUGAAUCAGAGACUUGCAGCAAAGGAAUUGAUCAGCACAGAGGCCAGAUAUGUGCACAAUCUCCAACUCUGUGCUUCCGAUAUCCGGAGCCAACUUCAUGAGUUGCCAGAGGAAGACUUGGAUGUGAUAUUCUCAAACAUUAAUGAUGUUAUCAAAGUCAAUAGCCGUUUCCUCAAAGGCCUAGAAGAGGCAGAAUCUGAAGAAGAACAGCUAAGUUUACUUGGUAAUCUAUUCCUUGAAUUUCAAGAGGAGAUGGAGAGCGCUUAUAAGGUCUACUGUGCCAGCUAUGAUCAGGCCUUGGCUCUGGUGGAGUCGUAUAAGAAGGUGCCCAAGCUACAGAAGGCAAUUCAAGAUGUCAUCACUGCACUGGUGCCACAGGCUGGAGCUUCAGGCCUUACUUUCCUGCUGGUGAUGCCGGUGCAGCGGGUAACCAGAUAUCCACUCUUGCUACAGAAGAUCCUGGAGAACACGCCACCCGAUGACCAGGCCUAUGAGAAUUUGCAGAGAGCUACCAGAGCCAUGCAAGAGGUCAAUUCCAACAUCAAUGAGUAUAAGAGGCGUAAGGAAAUUGCCACGAAAUACAACAAAUUGGAGCAUCUGACAGUCAGGGAGAGGUUGGCCCGGAUUAAUACACACUCUAUCUCCAAGAAGACUCUGCGUUUAAGUCAAUUGUUCAAGCAAGAAGCUGGGAUUGUGACCAGGACUGAAGACAGGGAGUUUGAUGACUUGGAAGAGAAAUUCCACUGGGUGGCAUUGUGUGUGAAUGAACUGAAAAGCAAUGUGGCAUCUUACCUGGAAAAUUUGGAGACUUUCCUCAGGAUCAAACCUCAUGAAUGUGAUCUGGAGAUGGAAGGUGGACCUGUGCAGCAAUAUUGCUGCCUUACAAGAAAUCUGCACCUUUUGGUCUUCUUGGAAUUUAAACAGAGGCUGGAAAGGCUAGUGUACCAUCCGUUGAGCCACCUGUCCAAAGCCCUGCUGGGGCCCCAAAACCUGAUCAAGAAGCGUCUGGACAAACUGCUGGACUUUGAACGGAUAGAAGAGAAGCUGGCUGAAGCGGGCAGCAUGACCUAUGAAGAGGAAGCCACCAGGCACACCUACCAGGCCCUGAACUCCUUGCUCGUGUCUGAGCUUCCUCGGUUUAACCAGGUGGCCACACAGUGGCUAAGUCAGAUCUUGCACACACUCAUGGCCCUCCAGAGGGAUCUUGCCCAGCAAGUGUUGCAGAGGGCAGAAGGAGAGAUGGCUCAGCUGCCCCACAGCCAUGUUUCUGAAUCUGACUUUAGGAAGCUGGUAGAAGACACAUUAGGAAAGACCAGUGCCCAGCUUCAUUCCUUUCGCCAGAACUUUGAAAAGGUGUUGCCAGUUCCAAUAACACAGCCACUCCAACCUGCUGCAGAAAGACAGGUCCAAACCCUCGUGAGCAAAUAUGGCCCUAGCAAGCUGUACCAAGUGACAAGUAACAUCAGUGGGAGUGGAAAUCUGGCUCUGACCCUUCAGAGAGGGCAGAUUGUGGCUCUCCUUCAGGACAGGGAUACCAGAGGCAAUACUAAUCGUUGGCUGGUGGACACUGGAGGAUAUCGAGGGUAUGUGCCAGCUGGAAAACUAGAGCCAUAUCAGGUGGUCUCACACGAGGAGCCCAGCAUGCAGACAGGGUCAGGCGAUGGUUUCAGGUUCCCUCCGGCAGAGGCUUCCAGGGCACCAGCCCAUGCUGCCAUGCCUGUUUUUCAGGUGGUGGCUGCAUACCCAUUUGCAGCCAGGAGCAGCCAUGAAGUGAGCCUACAGGCUGGGCAGCCGGUCACGGUUCUGGAGAGGCAGGACAAGAAGGGGAACCCAGAAUGGAGCCUCGUGGAAGUGAAUGGACAGAGGGGUUACGUGCCCUCCAACUUCCUCGUCCCUGUUCCAAGCCCUGCUCCCUGGGGCUGGAGUCUGCCCCCUUGUGACAGCCCCCCAUCCCACAUGUAAUGGGGGGAAAAGGGGGAAGCUGGGAAGGGCGGGCUGGUGGGGGUAGGAAGGGUCCCAGGGCAGAACAAGGGGGGACAUUGAGAUACGGCAGUAAGAAAAGAAAGCAAGCCCACUCACUAGAGGCCAUCUCCCCUGCUGCUGAGGAAGUCAGGGUGGGGGGUGGGGGGUGUCCAUGGGGCCAGAAUGUGUCCGUGGACCUUUUGUGGGCAGAGAAGGUCCACAAGGGCCUGGCAUCCCACAUUAGGAGAAGCAAUGUGGAGAGAAAGAUGGCAGGAGUGGUUUGGAGAAAGCGCUGGAUGGAGGCGGGCGGGGGACCCUUUUUCUGCCGAGGGCCAUUUCAUCUCCCUGGGCCAUGCAGAAUGAUCAGGCAGCGGAAGGGGGUUGUGCCCAGCCUUCCUUCCACCUUCCUAGUGACUUCUCCUUUCUAAGGCUGGGGACCAGACAUCCCCUCUCCCGGUGGAGGGUCUGGGUUUGAAUUCUGAAUAGUACUUCCCAGGUACUAUUUACGGGGCUUCAGGUGAGUGGAUCACUCCAUUGGCCUGCAGGUUCUUUAUCUGCAGAAUGAGGGGACCGCAGCUGAUGGCCUCUGAGGUCCCCUUCACCCCUAAAGCUGUGAGAAGAUGACACUAAAGCUUCGCUCUAGCCUUUCCUUUGGGAAACAGGUGUAAUGUUGACUCCUUUCUUACCCUUAGUGGUAUUGUGGAGAUGAACCUGGAAUCCUCUCAGGAGA